AUGUAUUGCGGCGGAAUCCCGAUGCCGUGUAGGAGUGACUCGCUCACCUGGGCCCGCUGCAGAUACCUCUCGGCACGGAAGGUGUUCUCGGAGAUCGCUUUCGCAGCGCGCUUGAAGGCAUACACAGACUCGACGAUCAACGCCCGCGGACGCGGCUCAAUGGCCUCCCACCCGAGCCACGAGGCGACCUGGCCGUGGCACACGGGCCACAGCUGCUCCGUCGUCGGCAAGCGGGUCUUUAUUCUCUUUGGCAAGCACGAGGACGAGGAGGGAAAGGUCAUCUGCCCUCCGCUGCAGAUGCUGGACACGGUCAACAUGACGCUGACGUAUCCGCAAGUCCUCCAAGACGCGGAGGGUCGGUCGACGACGCCCGACGACCGCGAGGGGCACACGGCGUCGGUCGUCGACCAGCAAAUCUACAUCUUUGGCGGCACGUGGGAGGACGAGAAGACGGGCGUGAACGCGUACUUGGACGACUUGCACGUCUUCGACGUGGCGAGCUACUCGUGGAUGAAGCCGGCCUAUACCGGCUCUCCGCCGGAAGGGCGGGAGGGCCACUCAGCAGCGGUGAUCGGCCGGCUCAUCUUCAUCUUUGGAGGGACACGUGGGACGUGGGUGCAAGAGGCGGAGCGGACGCCGCACAGAGAGCUCGAGGACGAGGGCGAGUCCGUGUACCUGAACGACCUCCACACCUUCGACACCGCCACCGGCGCGUGGAGCAUGCCGGAGGCGCACGGCCAGCUGCCGAGCCAGCGCGAGGGCCACUCUGCGUGCGUCGUCGGGAGCGACAUGAUACUCUUUGGCGGCGCGGGGCUCGACGGCGACGACCGCUCGAUCAACCUCUGCGAUUUGCACAAGCUCGACACGGCGCCCGACGAGAUUGCACGAGAUUGCACGAGAUUGCACGAGAUUGCACGAGCUCGACACGACACCCCACCGCCGCCCAUCCUCGGCUCUUCACCGCCGCCGGAGCGGAGGUACCACACCGCCUCUGUGGUGGAGGGGCGGCUGCUCGUCUUCGGCGGGCAGUACUACGACUACGGCAAGGACCUGCACUUCGAGUGCUCGAACGCGGUGUGCGAGAUCGACCUCGAGCAGCUAGCGUGGCGCAUCCACCCCCCCUCCUCGCCCUCCCCGCUCAAGCGAGCCUGCCACGCUGCGGGCGUCGUCGGCAAGUGCGUCUACGUGGUUGGCGGCCGCUACUGGGACGAGCAGGAGGACGACUACAUCUUUCUGAACGACGUGCUCGACACGCGGCCCUCGUCCAGCCUCGCCUCGGACUGGCGCCGCUACUUCAACAGCGAGCUCCUCUCGGACGUCUGCUUGCUCGUCGGCGACAUGCGGAUCCCGGCGCACCGCGUGGUGCUCGCCGCGCGCUGCGACUUCUUCGCGCGCAUGUUUGCGUCCGGCAUGAGGGAGGCGACCGAGGAGGAGCUGCCGAUCGUCGACGUCUCACCGCCCGUCUUCCAGCUCCUGCUCGAGCACCUUUACACCGACUCCUCCGCCGUCCCCGAGGAGUCCGCCCUCGAGCUCUUCGCCGCCGCCGACCGCUUCGGCGUCGAGCGGCUGCGCGCCCUCUGCUCGGACCGGAUCGAGGGGAUGCUCUCCGCGGCGAACGUGUGCGACGUGCUGACGGUUGCCGACCAGCACAACGGCGCCGAGUUGGUCGAGGCGGCCGUGUCGCACAUCGUCGAGAACUUUGGCGAGAUACACUGCUCGCCCCCCUUCAGAGAGCUGUCGCGGCCGCUCCUCGACGUGGUGCACGCCGCCAUCGCGCCCAGGCUCGUCCUUGCCGCCCCGCCUGCCGGCCUGGCGGCCGAGGCGGGUGGGUCACGGCAGAGCGCGAGGCGACAUUCGACAUGACGUGACGCGGUCCCUCUGUGUGUGGUGAGCGCGUGCAGUACGCCAGUACGCGUGAGCUCUUGUGUUCAUGAGCUACUCCACGUCGAGAGUAGUAAAAACAGGUAAUGUCCCACUGUAUUUUAGCAUUUUGCUAUUU